AGGGUCCUUCCCGCCGCGCAGCCUCAGAACGGGGCUCCCGUGCAGCCGCGGCGGCUGAGCCUGCGCGGUGACCUGCGGGUGGUCCUGAGACGAGGUCGCCUCGGCAAGUUUGGAUUUGCCCGAAGAAAUCCGCCGUGCGUGGCUGCGGGAGGUCUGAGAGGCGUCUGCCCGAGGGCGUGCGACGGGGCUGGGUCGCGGUGGAAGCUUCGGAAAUGAAGAAUUGAAUGUCACCAUGUCUGGAAUCAAGCGAACCAUUAAAGAAACCGACCCUGAUUAUGAGGAUGUGUCUGUGGCCCUUCCAAAUAAGCGGCAUAAAGCAAUUGAGAGUUCAGCUCGAGAUGCAGCUGUGCAGAAAAUUGAGACUAUUAUUAAGGAGCAGUUUGCUCUUGAAAUGAAGAAUAAGGAACAUGAGAUCGACGUCAUUGACCAGCGACUGAUUGAAGCCCGAAGGAUGAUGGACAAGCUCCGCGCCUGCAUUGUAGCAAACUAUUACGCUUCUGCUGGUCUCCUGAAGGUUUCUGAGGGAUUGAAGACAUUUGAUACGAUGGCUUUUAACCACCCUGCUAUCAAGAAAUUUUUGGAAUCACCUUCUAGGUCGUCAUCUCCUACCAAUCAGAGAUCAGAAACACCAUCUGCCAAUCAUUCUGAAAGUGACUCACUGUCUCAACAAAAUGACUUCCUGUCUGACAAAGACAAUAACAGCAACAUGGAUAUGGAGGAAAGACUCUCAAGCACGGUGGAGCAGCGAUCCAGCCGCAACACAGGAAGGGACACUUCGAGUGUUAGUGGCUCCCACAAAAGGGAACUACGGAACGCCGACCUCACAGGAGAUGAGACUUCUCGGCUUUUUGUAAAGAAAACCAUAGUAGUAGGCAACGUGUCCAAGUACAUACCUCCAGAUAAGCGGGAAGAAAAUGACCAGUCAACUCAUAAGUGGAUGGUGUAUGUCCGAGGGUCCCGUCGGGAACCCAGCAUUAAUCACUUUGUCAAGAAAGUUUGGUUUUUCCUUCAUCCAAGCUAUAAACCAAAUGACCUUGUGGAAGUUAGAGAGCCCCCUUUUCAUCUGACUAGAAGAGGCUGGGGUGAGUUUCCCGUGAGAGUGCAAGUUCACUUUAAGGACAGCCAGAACAAGCGGAUAGAUAUCAUACACAAUCUGAAGCUGGAUAGGACCUACACUGGCUUACAGACCCUGGGUGCGGAGACGGUGGUGGAUGUUGAGCUCCAUCGGCAUUCUCUUGGCGAAGACCACAUUUAUCCUCAGUCAUCUGAGUCAGACAUAUCUGACGCCCCUCCGUCUUUGACCGUUCCAGCCCCAGUGAAAGCUUCCCCAGUGGCAUGGUCCCCUGAGCCAGCGUCUGCUGCCCCUGUGGGAGAAGGAUUCCCAGACAACCCUGAAGCUGAGAGACACGCGACAUUUUACUCUUUGCCGUCUUCGUUGGAAAGGACACCCACCAAGGUGACAGCAGCACAGAAAGUGACCUUUUGUUCCCACGGUAAUUCUGCCUUCCAGCCCAUUGCAUCAAGCUGCAAAAUCGUGCCGCAGAGCCAGGCGCCCAAUCCCGAGUCACCUGGAAAGUCCUUUCAGCCCAUCACCAUGAGCUGUAAGAUUGUCUCAGGUUCUCCAAUAUCAACUCCAAGUCCGUCACCUUUGCCUCGCACCCCAACUUCCACUCCGGUUCAUGUGAAGCAAGGCACAGCCAGCUGUGGUAUAAACAACCCUCAUGUUGUUGUGGAUAAACCUGCACAGGUUAUUGGAGCCUCCACUCAGAGUUCAGGAAGUCCUACAAGCAAGCUCCCAGUGGCCUCCCAGGUUCCCCAAGGAACAGGGUCCCCUAUUCCUAAAAUUCACGGAAGUAGUUUCUUAACGUCUACAGUCAAGCAGGAGGACUCUUUAUUUGCAUCUAUGCCGCCUCUUUGCCCAAUCGGCAGUCACCCGAAAGUGCAAAGCCCCAAAGCUGUGACUGGAGGGCUCGGAGCUUUCACAAAGGUGAUCAUCAAACAGGAACCUGGGGAAACCCCUCAUGUGUCCACCACAGGAACUGCCAACCAAUCAGCAUUCCCUCAGUAUGUGACUGUGAAAGGGGGUCACAUGAUAGCUGUGUCCCCUCAAAAACAGGUCCUAAGUGCUGGAGAAGGGACGACUCAGUCACCAAAGAUUCCACCCUCCAAGGUUGUUGGCGUCCCUGUUGGCUCUACCUUACCUUCCACAGUGAAGCAGGCUGUGGCAAUCAGUAGUGGCCAAAUCCUUGUCGCCAAGGCCGGCUCUUCUGUCACCAAAGCAGUCGGUCCAAAGCAAGUUGUGACCCAAGGAGUUGCCAAAGCAAUCGUGAGUGGAGGCGGAGGGACCAUUGUUGCUCAGCCAGUGCAGACCUUAACCAAGACUCCGGUGCCAGCUGCUGGGCCACAGAAGAGUGGUUCCCAGAGCUCAGUAAUGGCAACAUUGCAGCUACCAGCCACUAAUUUGGCCAACUUGGCAAAUUUGCCUCCGGGCACUAAACUGUACCUUACCACGAACAGCAAGAACCCCUCAGGAAAAGGGAAGCUGCUGCUAAUUCCUCAAGGAGCCAUCCUGCGAGCUACCAACAAUGCCAACCUCCAGUCUGGCUCGGCUGCUGCUGGCGGCAGUGGCAGCAGUGGUGCUGGUGCCGGAGGGGGAGGCAGUGGAGGUGGUGGUGGCAGCGGCGGCGGCGGCGGCGGAGCAGGAGGAACCCCAGGCACCACUGGCCCAGGAGGGGUGUCCCAGCACCUGACUUACACAUCCUACAUCCUCAAGCAAACUCCCCAGGGUACAUUCUUAGUUGGCCAACCAUCACCCCAAACACCCGGAAAACAGCUGACUACUGCAUCAGUGGUUCAAGGAACACUGGGAGUCAGCUCACCCUCUGCGCAGGGACAACAGACACUGAAAGUCAUCUCUGGACAGAAAACCACCCUGUUUACACAGGCAGCCGCUGCGGGGCAGGCCUCGCUGGUAAAGUUACCUGACAACACGCUCAAGUCUGUGCCGGCGCCGGCGGUGGCGGCAUCACAACUCGCCAAGCCUGGGACCACGAUGCUUCGAGUGGCAGGAGGGGUGAUCACAGCUGCUCCCUCCCCCACCGUGGCCUUCUCCACGAACGGUGCUGCACACCAGUCGGAAGGGUCAGUUCCUGUUUCAUCCUCUGUCGGCUCUAUAAUCAAAACUCCCGGGCAGCCACAAGUGUGUGUAAGCCAGGCCCCCGUGGGCAUGUGCAAGGGCACAGCUCCCUCCGUCAGCGCAGCAUCCCUGGUGUCCACACCAAGCUCCAUCUCUGGGAAAGCCACAGUGUCAGGAUUGUUGAAGAUUCAUUCUGGUCAGUCCAGUCCCCAGCAGGCUGUCCUGACAAUUCCCAGUCAGCUCAAGCCACUGAGCAUCAACACCUCUGGUGGCGUGCAGACUGUCCUGAUGCCUGUGAAUAAAGUGGUUCACUCAUUUUCUACCAGCAAAUUACCUACCGUCUUGCCCAUCAGUGUCCCAAAUCCAGCUGCCCCCAGCUCUGCUCCAGUAGCUAUUGCAAAAGUGAAGACCGAACCCGAAACUCCUGCACCAAACUGCCUCUCCCAGGAGGGCCAGACAGCAGUGAAAACUGAAGAGAGCUCUGAGCUGAGCACCUACGUCAUUAAGGUAGACCAUUUGGAGACCAUCCAGCAGCUCUUGACAGCAGUAGUCAAGAAGAUUCCGUUAAUUACCUCGAAAGGUGACGAUGCCAGCUGCUUUUCUGCAAAGUCUGUGGAGCAGUAUUACGGCUGGAACAUUGGGAAGAGGAGAGCUGCUGAGUGGCAAAGAGCAAUGACAGUACGGAAAGUGUUACAAGAGAUCCUGGAGAAGAACCCAAGGUUCCACCACCUGACGCCCCUAAAAACCAAGCACAUUGCUCACUGGUGCCGCUGCCAUGGCUACACCCCACCAGACCCUGAGAGCCUGCGUCAUGACGGGGCCUCCAUUGAGGAUGUGCUGACCCAGAUCGACAGUGAACCAGAGUGCCUGUCGUCCUUCUCCACUGCCGACGACCUCUGCCGGAAGCUGGAGGAUCUGCAGCAGUUUCAGAAAAGGGAGCCCGAGAACGAGGAAGAAGUGGAUGUCCUCAGCUUGUCGGAGCCUCUGAAGAUGAACAUUAAAAAGGAGCAGGAAGAAAAGCAGGAAGAAAUGAGAUUCUACCUGCCGCCAACUCCAGGCUCGGGGUUUGUUGGUGACAUUACGCAGAAGAUCGGGAUCACCCUGCAGCCCGUGGCACUGCACAGGAACAUGUAUGCCUCGGUGGUGGAGGACAUGAUCCUAAAGGCCACGGAGCAGCUGGUGAGUGACAUCCUGAGACAGGCGCUGGCAGUUGGAUACCAGACAGCAUCUCCCAACAGGGUUCCCAAAGAAAUCACAGUGAGUAAUAUUCACCAGGCCAUUUGCAACAUUCCUUUUCUGGAUUUUCUCACGAACAAGCACAUGGGGAGACUGAACGAGGAUCAGUGAAGACAGUGAAGAUGAUCCCCAAAAGCAGGAUGGGGAGCCGUGUCUGAAGUAUGCAAACCGUGGUGACCCUUGUGUUCGGAGAAAGGCGGUUCUCUGUGCGUUAGAAUGCUCCGGCUACCAUACCAUUCCUUCCGUCUAACUGCGUGUUAUCACGAGGGCACUGAGUCCCAGGGGCAGCCCUUUUAAGACUGUAUUGUUUCCCAAUUCUGGAGGGAAGCUGGAUGGGCACAACUUUGUCAGCUUGCAUUUCUUUACUCUGUACCGGCUCUGGAGGUGUCUGAAUGUGAGACAAGGCAUAUACACAAGGUGCUCCCUCUUGGGAGUGGGCUUGGGUUCACCUGGGGCCCACUUUCCAGAAGGCGGAGAUAAAUCUGACACACUAGUCUGGGCUACUCUAAAGAAGAACAGAGAAAGCAAGUACCUUUUCCUACCUUGCCUCGGUGUGGCAGGGCUGCACUCUUGGCCAGUGUGAGUCAGCUACAGAAGGGGUAAUAUGCCAUGUGGAAAACUAGACACCAAGGAGGCUGUAGCCUGAGACUUUUUCAUGGAACCCCGAUGCCCGUGCUUCUGUGACAGCCAGAGUCAAAGCGUUGAGGUUCCCAGCAGAGAUCAGAAGGCAUCGAUCCUGUGCCCGUGUAACCCAGGAGACUAUCACUGUUAGUGUAAGCAUGAUCCAGAGUCCGGCACUUGGCCUGCAGAGGUCUCGGCACUGGGUCCUCAUAGCCCAGUGGGCUGCCGAAGCUCCUGUUGUCCGGGGGCUGGGGAGGCAAACCUUCCGGGGGUGUCCUCAGUGGACCUGAGGUCCUGUCCUCUGCCAAAGAGUUCUGCCGUGAUGACAAGGGUUGAAACACCUGUGAGUGCCUUUCUUGCGAGAACUGCUCUUACCCGGUGUGCCAGCGCUCGGGAGGGAGCAGAGCCGCUCCCUGAGGGGCAGAUAGGCUGUUGGUAGCGCCAGCACAGAUUGCAGGCACUGGGGACUCUCCAGUCCUCCUAACUAUUGUGGGCAAAUGGAAGACCUUAGUUUCAAUUGGAACCUUCUCACUCUGCUCAAAGCAAACUUGGAAGGUCUGAGUCAGAGUCAGCAAAAAGCCUGUUCUCCCAGGCCCCGCAGGUGGGUGUGUGAGCCAGGACACAGAGCGGGCUGCAGGUACAGAAGAAGGGUUCCAGAAGAAGGGUUCCUCCCAGCAGGGAUAGGGCGAGCGUGGCUUACGGUAGAGGUGGUAUAUAAGGCUUAAGAAUUGGGUCUGUAGGCCACACCACAGAUCAGUAGGCCCACACACAGAUUUGUUCAGAAGUGGACAGACACCUGCGAGGUAGAAUAUCCAUAUGAGAACAGAUUGAUUUGUUGUGAUAAAAACCUAAAGAAAUUGCUUUUUGCUAAAGAAAUAUCAAGUGAUUUAAGAGUCUCCAUGUAUGUUAAUGUUUCAAGUGUUUUUCUAUCGUAAUGUGUAACAUAAUUGUGUAUCAUUUUGUCUACAAUAAAACUUUUAGUAUUUGUGA